UCGCAGUGCAACUCUUCUCUGUUCUUCAUUGUUUCUCAGCCUGAAAAUCUCCUCAAUCGCCGUUGAUCAAAGCUCCUUUUCCGGUAGGAAAUUCUUUCCGUCGUAUUCUGUUUCUGUCGGAGGGGAUGACGACGUCGUUUGGAGCAGCAGCAGCAGCAGCAGCUAGGACCGCCAUCUCCAAGGAUCCGAAGAUUCAAAUUCCCAGCUGCACCGGGCUGAGGAGCGGCGGCUCCGAUUCGCUCCGCCUCAGUAACCGUCUUCGCGUGUUUCGCUCUGCCUCGGCUUCGAGUCCUAACAUUUCGGUCAUUAGAGCCGUAACGACGCCACCAGAGUUGGACACUUCUGCCAAGCCUAAACGUAGCAAGGUUGAAAUAUUCAAAGAGCAAAGUAACUUCAUAAGGUAUCCUCUCAAUGAGGAAAUUCUUACAGAUGCACCUAACAUCAAUGAGGCUGCUACUCAAUUGAUCAAGUUUCACGGGAGUUAUCAACAAUAUAAUAGAGAUGAGCGUGGGAAAAGGUCAUAUUCAUUUAUGCUCCGAACAAAAAACCCUGGUGGAAAGGUUCCAAACAGACUCUACUUGGCCAUGGAUGAUCUUGCUGACCAAUUUGGAAUUGGAACCCUUCGAUUGACAACGAGACAAACAUUUCAACUCCAUGGUGUCCUGAAGAAAGACCUUAAGACUGUGAUGGGCACUAUUAUCAGAAACAUGGGCUCUACUCUUGGUGCAUGUGGUGAUCUCAACAGAAAUGUACUGGCUCCAGCAGCACCAUAUGUGAAUAAAAGCUAUUUAUUUGCACAACAAACUGCUGAUGACAUUGCAGCACUUCUAACUCCUCAAUCUGGGUUUUAUUAUGAUGUUUGGGUGGAUGGGGAGAGAUUUAUGUCAGCAGAAUCUCCUGAAGUAGUCAAAGCUCGAGAAGAUAAUUCUCAUGGUACAAACUUCCCUGACUCAGCUGAGCCCAUUUAUGGAACUCAGUUCUUGCCAAGGAAGUUUAAAGUUGCUGUUACUGUGCCAACAGACAACUCAGUUGACCUUUUCACAAAUGACAUUGGCAUUGCGGUUGUGUCAGAUGAGAAUGGAGAGCCUCAGGGUUUUAACAUAUAUGUUGGUGGUGGUAUGGGUCGAACUCAUAGGAUGGAGACCACAUUUGCUCGCCUUGCAGAGCCAUUGGGCUAUGUUCCAAAAGAGGACAUAUUGUAUGCUGUGAAAGCUAUUGUUGUUACCCAGAGAGAAUAUGGUAGAAGAGAUGACCGUAGGUACAGCAGGAUGAAAUAUUUACUCAGCUCAUGGGGGAUUGAGAAGUUUAGAAAUGUUGUUGAACAGUAUUAUGGAAAGACCUUCGAGCCCUGCCGUGACUUGCCUGAGUGGGAAUUCAAGAGUUACUUGGGGUGGCAUGAACAGGGGGAUGGUAGACUGUUUUGUGGGCUUCAUGUUGAUAAUGGUCGGAUAAAGGGAGAAACUAAGAAGAUGCUUCGAGAAGUUAUUGAGAAGUAUAACUUGGAUGUGCGCAUCACACCGAACCAGAAUAUGAUCCUUUGUGAUAUCCAGCAUGCAUGGAAGGACUCCAUUGCUACAGCUCUUGCACAGGCUGGUCUGUUGGAACCUAGGCAGGUGGAUCCCCUCAAUUUAACAGCAAUGGCAUGCCCAGCUUUUCCCCUGUGCCCUCUUGCAAUAACUGAAGCUGAACGUGGAAUUCCUGACAUUCUUAAGCGGGUUCGAGCAAUGUUUGAGAAGGUUGGCCUUGAGAAUGAAGAAUCUAUAGUGGUAAGGGUAACUGGCUGCCCUAAUGGCUGUGCUAGACCAUAUAUGGCUGAACUUGGCUUGGUUGGUGAUGGCCCUAACAGUUAUCAGAUUUGGCUUGGUGGAACAACCAAUCAGACUUCAUUGGCAAAGCCUUUCAAGGAUAAGGCUAAGAUUCAAGAUCUUGAAAAAGUUUUGGAGCCUUUGUUCUAUCAUUGGAAACAGAAUCGGCAAGCAAGUGAAUCAUUUGGUGACUUCACAACCCGCAUGGGAUUUGAAAAACUAAACGAGUUGAUUAACAAAUGGGAAGGAAGCCUACCUGUGCCCUCAUCUUGAUAUGAUCCGAACCUCGAUUCUGAAAACGAGACCUGCGAAGAAGCUAUGGAUGUACGAACUUGCUAGAUUUUUCAAGAUAAGAGCUCCCCAUCAUCAAAUGCUGGCGAGUUAAGUUAUUCUCAGCAAAAUAUGCGAGAGCCUGAGCAAAUAAAUAGACUGCUGACUUUGUUGUCAGCUUUCUCAAUGUAGAGUCUUGGCCUACAUUAUCUAACAAACCAUGCAAGUACGCAGAACGUGCACUCACUUCUUCCAUUCGUGUUUUUUUUUUCUUUAGCUUUCUUUCUGUUUUGUGUGUGUGUUAUAUAGUGACUGCAUUACUGCUGCUCUUUAGCUGAAUGGAAUACACGAUUUAACUGGAUUGUGCUGAAUAAAAGAUCUUUUGUUUUCUUCC